AUGAAGGCUACUGGCAGGUCUUCCCCACAGAAUGGGGACAGGCACGUGCAUGACUAUGACCAAGGGCAAAGUCCUGAGGUGGAUUCAUCGGCUGCAGAGUCUGAUAACGAUCAGUUCCUGGGCUUGAAUGGCUCUCAAACAUUGCGCGGGACAAAAAGAAAACGUCCUUUGAUGGUUUCAUGCGAGUUGUGUAAGCAGAGAAAGGUCAAGUGUGACCGAGCUCAACCCAGCUGUGGGUGGUGCGCGCGUAAUGAACAAGUCUGCGAAUAUAAAGAGCGCAAGAAGCCAGGCUUGCGAGCAGGCUAUGGAAAGGAACUCGAACAAAGACUCGACCGGCUUGAGGAGAUGAUGCAGACACAAGCUCGGUUGAUCGAGAAUCAUAUUAUACGCAACCUUCAACAACAACAACAACAACAACCACCACCACCAGACCACAAUCAACAUGAGAAGGCACGCAUAUCUUCCUACGUAUCUCAUACCUCGCCGUCGGAGCCCUCAAUGGCGACAGGGCCUAGUCCUCAGACUUCAGUAUUCGCCGGCGAACCGUCUGCGUAUCCGCUCACACAAAGACUGGUCGAUUCAACUGUCAAUCAGCGGAAUACGACAGUGGGAAGUCCAUCAGCAACAUCUAAUAAAAUACAUAACUCCAUGAACCCCAAUAGAGUUUCACAUUCUACUCCGCACUCCCAGGUUCCAUCAAUUCCUUCGGUUCCUGACCGCACCGGCACCGACUUUUCUCACAAUGAUUCUUCAUUGACCGUGCCCGUUAGUUUGUUCAGGAAUCAAGAACAGUCUCUACUAGAUUCUGAGCUUGAAUUGCCUCCUUAUGAUUUACUAUAUGCACUGGUUGAUUUAUACUUUGAACACGUCAAUAGUUGGUGUCCCAUCCUACACCGCAGAUCGACUUUGGAUACUCUAUUCGGGCCGUCUCCGUUGGAAGAAGCGGAUCGGGUGGUUCUUCAUGCCAUUGUUGCUACGACUUUACGUUUCUCAGUCGAUCCACGACUGAAUGCCGUCAAUCGAAAGCGCUACCACGAAUCAUCAAAACAAAGAGUCAUUCUUUACGGUCUCGAGAAUUCUUCGGUUAAAGCUAUCCAAGCAUUGGUUAUUUUGUCAUUGGAUUUCGUUGGCUCUUCGAAUGGACCUCCGGGUUGGAAACUUCUAGCUUUGAUAGCUCGUUCGGUUGUUCAGCUAGGCCUCGCCGUAGAAAGAAACUCGGCACUCGAUUCAUCAAUUUACCCAUCCAUCUAUACUCUACGAGCAAAUGUUCUACCUGACUCUGAGACAUGGAUUGAAGAUGAGAGUCGUAGGCGCUUAUUUUGGAUGGUGUACUUAUUAGAUCGAUACUCAACCAUCGCCACCGCAUUUGACUUUGCUUUGGACGAGAAGGAAAUUGAUCGCAAACUACCUUGCCGAGAGGAAUAUUUUAUCAGAAACCAGCCAGUUGAAACAAGAUGGUUCCGUGCCACUGGCGAUCGAGGCGAAUACACUGCUCACGGGAACAAUGUAGGCUCCUUUGGAUUUUACAUUGAGAUCCUAGGUAUACUGUCGCGCAUACAUCUGUUCCUUAAGCGGCCCGUGGAUAUUGGAGCGCUCUCAGACGUGGAAGAAUGGCAAGCAACGUAUCGAAAGCUAGACAGUGAGCUCUCCGCGUGGGAGUUCAAUCUGCCGACAGAAUAUGCUCUUGAGAAUGCAUCUCGUCUAUUCCAAACCUCGAAGACAAAGAAGGGAUUUCAAUGUGAUUGGGUGAUGCUUCACGCUACAUAUCAAACAACUGUGAUUCGCCUCCAUUCUUCCGCUGCAUAUCCCACCACACGAUCUCCCAUAUUUACACCCUCCUAUAGUGCCAGUCAACGCUGUUUAGUAGCGGUAGACAACAUUCUAACGCUAACUCGAUUCGUUGCCAAGAAUAACAUGCUUGACAAACUCGGUCCACCAUUCGCCUUCUCACUUUGGGUUUCAGCUCGAUUAUUACUCGUUCAUGGAUCAACAAUUGCCCACACAGUGAGCCCAGAUAUCCAUUUGUUCGUGGACACACUAGCACAGAUGGGCCAUUACUGGAAAGUUGCAGAACGCUACAGUACAAUUCUCAAACGUGUCCUAGAUGAAUAUGGCGAAUACGAGCAAACAGCAGGCAUCGAUAGCGAGCGCGUCACACCAUCUUCAGUCAAAAUUCUGGCAGACAUGCGACGCUGUGCGUUUGACCUUGACUUCUUGAUCUCUCGUCAGCCACAACACGACCAUAAUAACGGCGCAUCGGACCCUAAUGGGUCGAUGGCAUUGCAGUCUGCCAACGCCGCCGCAGCAAAACAGAACACAGACCCUGGCGGCUCUAUCCCCAUGAGUCGCAGCCUAACAAACAACGACUUUGAAUACCUCGACGUAUUCGGAUUCUUCAACGUUCCGCGCGUACCAAACAUGCCAACACCAUUAUCAGCAUUGGGUAUGACAACACCCGACGGUAAUGGUCUUCACAACGCCAACAACAACAAUAAUAAUCCGAGCACGACUAAUCCCAUAUCUAUACACGAGGUUACGACGGUGGCUAGCAAUAAUGAAUUUAAUAUUACGAAUUAUCUGGUGCCGACCCCAGAGACGGAUUGGUUAUUUCCGCAACCGCACGGUUAG